CAGGUAGCAAGGGAAAUGUCAGCUUAUUUCUGGGGAGGACUCUUGCCAAGAGGGCUCAGUGCCACAGGCUGCCCAGUGUCUGCAGCAGCCAGUGCUGCCAGUCACCACCUAGCCUUCCGACGGCUCACCCUCCUGGCCAUUCCCACUUUCUCCCACCAAGCCAUGGAAAAGAACUCCAAGUCUGCAGAAGCUGAAGACAUUUCCCUGAAUAUUUCCAGCAAGCCAGAGAACGAGAAUGAAGGGAACCAGCUUCACUCAGAAGACCGGGACGAGGACGAGGCCCAGGCCACCGAGAAGUGGAGUUUGGCAGCCAAAAUGCAGAAAGUGAAAAAUUACCUGUGGGACCCUGAGAAGAGGGAAUUUUUAGGCCGCUCAGGCCAGAGCUGGAGUCUCAUUUUGCUCUUCUACCUUAUCUUCUAUGCCUUCCUGGCCGGGAUGUUCACUCUGUGUAUGUACACCAUGUUGCUGACCAUCAGCCCUUACAUCCCAACCUACCGGGAUCGAGUGAGUCCCCCCGGAGUUAUGAUCAGGCCCUACACCUACAGCUUUGUCUUCAACUUCAACGCGUCUGAACGUAACACAUGGCUCUCUUACGUGGACAGCUUGCAUCACUUCCUCCAGGCGUACAAUGACAGCAUUCAAGAUGAAAAGAAUCUGGAGUGCCCUCCCGGGAAGUAUUUCAUCCAGGAGGGAGCAGAGGACAAAGAGAAGAAAGCCUGUCAGUUCAAGCGCUCAUAUCUGGGCAACUGCUCUGGGCUUGAUGACCCAACAUUUGGCUAUUCUACCGGGCAACCUUGCGUCCUUUUGAAGAUGAACCGGAUUGUAGGCUUUCAGCCUGGCAACGGAGAACCUGUGAAGGUCAACUGCCAUGUUCAGAAAGGCAACAAGAGUGAUCUCAAGUCUAUGCAAUUCUAUCCAGAAGCUGGCACAUUUGACCUCAGUUACUACCCCUACUAUGGCAAGCUCACUCAUGUUAACUACACAUCCCCACUGGUGGCGGUACACUUUACGGAAGUAAAGAAGAAUCGGGCUGUGGGUGUGGAGUGUCAGCUGAAGGGCAAAAACAUUCAAAACAACAUCACCAAUGACCGGUUCGUGGGCCGGGUCCUCUUCACGCUGAACAUUGGCGGGUAGCUGCCCCUGCUUGGGUCCCCCCCAACCCCCUGAGUGUUCCCUCAUAUGCCACUGAUAGCCACCAACCUCUCUCCCCUAGUGAGGACAUGGUCACUGAUCACUUAGGACAGAAAGUGCUCCCCGUUGCCUUGGUUUUUAAAAGGUCACCCUGGUGACCCACAAAUGGACGUCCAUUUCUUCCACUUAAUAAAGCAAGAACCACUUGUGCUGUU